CUCACGUACAUGUUCAACGCUUCAGAUAAACACAACUUUUCCUCUUUGAAAUACUCCGUUUCAGUUACCUGAGCCGACAUGCCCUUCCGACAGGCUCCAACUGACCUGCAAUCUCAAAAUGUCAUCAAAUAGCUCGUCGCAGUCAGAAUGAUCCUUCGACGCCUACAACAUAUGAUUCCAAACUGUGCUUAUGGCUGCCUAAGACGCCCAUACCGCAUUUAAUGAUGGCUAUCGGCCGUCUAGGCUUGUUACAGCUGUCUUUGUAGAUUCUCCUUCCAAUAUCGGGAUACCUCACGCGGCCUCGACGCGGUCAUGCUGAUACUCAAUGUAGCCGUGUUGAUAGUAACCUAUACUACACUAACAGGCAGACAUAGUGCAUCACUCGUUUUCUCCCGGUAAAUCGAUAUCUCUAGAAACCACCAUGGGCUCAACUACUCCCGCAGACGCCCAGUACCAUGUCCUCCGCAUCCCCACUACCUCCCCUCGCCUUGCCGACCUCGUUACCAAGUUCCGAGACACCAAGCUGGCCGCUCUUCAGACCAGCCCUUCAGAGUGGAUCUACCAAUACGUCUCAGAAGCGAAGCACCCGCUAUCGGUCUGGGAAAGUCGUCUUGCGCGCCAGAACACCAUCCUGAUAUGCGUCGCUACCAGCGCUCCAUUUCUAUCGGCUGGAGACGCGCUCAUACAAGCGGAAUGGGUGGGCUUCGCAGCGGCACGCGGUCCUCUCUCGUACAUGGAAUACUAUGCCGUACCAGAAAUGGAGCAACCAAUACCCGAGAACCCCGAUGCUGAAUCGCGAUGGCACAUGUACGAUUUAUACACAUCGCCAGCGCACCGUGGGCGCGAGAUCGCAAGCAAACUCGGUGCUGCGUGCAUGGCUACGGUUAGCGAGAUAACGGCCUCUCUGAAAUCCGACACUGGAGGUGUGCAGAGAUCGAGGAUAAGGCUGAUUGUGAACCCGAAGAAUACUGUGCUGGUGGAGACAUACAAGAGACUUGGAUUCCAGACAUCGGGGAGGGUUACGCUGAGAGAGGGCUUUCAAGCUAAUGGUAUGGGGGAGAGUAUUCCUGCAGAGGAUACAAUGAGCGCAGAGAAUUUCAAAAGGGUGUUUGACACGAGGAUUGGGAUGGCUAUGGAGAGGAUCAUCGAUGUGUGAAGGAGUUUGCCACGACGCCUGACAGUCUCUUGAGUUUUGUCCUCAUGCUAUUCUAUACUGCCUUGCUCGCCGACCCUUAUUUUUCCUCUAGAGCCUCCAGUGAAAUUCGUUCUAUAUCCAGAGUGACAUUGCUGACAGGUUGUGCAAAGCCAAAGAGCAAACGUUUGACUCCCAGACGUUGGAGCAGAAUGGUCAUAUUUCCAACAGAGAGUCCAUCCUGACGUAGCGG